UGUAUAAGACUGGAGAAAAGUUUAAGUAAUGAUAUAGUUCAGAUUAUUUACUAAAAACUAAUCCUAAAGUUUGAUCGUCGCUGGAGUUCUGAUAUUGAUCUAUUGCCACUCUAUCGCAUAUGACAAUGUCCGAGUGUCAGAUAUGGUAAAAGCUUAGGACAAGCCUUUGUGAAUCGACCGAACUUAUCCCAUUACUUAAUUUUUUAAUCUAUAUAGAUUUAUAAUAAAUUUUUGAUUUUCCUUUUGAGGUAAAAUUCUAAUCACUCCAUUAUGUUAAGCCUAGUGAUAGUAUCUAGGGCUCCGUAUCUAAUAUUGGCUUCUCAGACAACACUUCAGUUCCUGCCGCAAGGCUGAUAGUUGUUUCUUUGAUGAUAUUCAACGACUCUUAGCUUUUGAUGGAGAUAAAAAUCUUAAUAUUUCAGUUCCUUGAUUUGAAAAGAUAGAGAAAGAGUUUUGUAGUAAAGAUAUCACUUAUAUAAUCAUAGAUCUGAAAAAGAAUGCAGACUAGCUAUGCCACACAUCAUUAAAAUCCUUUUGUUCUCAUAAUGACCAAGGCUCCAUGAAUAAGUCCUCAUGAUUAAACAAAACUUCAUCGUUCUUCUGUGUUAAUAACUCAUUAAUGGAUUCAUCUGUCCAUACCUCUCUGUUCAGUAUUUAAAUGUUAUUUGUGAAGAAGGAAUGCAAGCUUGAACAUACUUUCUUCUGGAUAAAGUAUUGUCUUAGAGUUUUCAAAAAUACUAAUCUUUGUAUUAAGAUUCAAGAUAUUGAUAGGUCUAAUUUUCACAUGCCAAAUCUGUUUGAAAAUAAUUAAUAACUACCUCUAGGAGUUAAGAAUCUGCGUUAAUUUUAUUGAGUAUUAUUCCUGUAAUAAGAUACCUUGCACAUUUAUAAGAACAUUUGAAUGUAUUGAUCAAAUUCGAAGUUUCUUGGUAACAAAGUCAACUUCAUAGCCUAAGAUAUAGGUAUAUAUCAGUUUCCAUACAUUGGUUAAUUUUCAUAGCCACUGAGUCCUUUACUCGUGAAUCUAUUCCUGAUCUUGGAGAGCUCUUCUUGGCUCAUUUAUGUUCUUGUUCUUUUAGUUUCUGCUGUCUCCAAUGAAAGCAGUUUAUUCUUUCAUAAAUUCGACAUUUUAGGUUUAU